GGACACACCAAUUCCAUUCCAAAUAGAACAAAAUGUGCACAAUGCCAAGAAUUAGCUUCCCCCAUGCAAAGUCUAGCCAUAUCAAAACAGUAUUUUCAUUUUCUCUUCUUUUAUUCUGCUUAGCUUCCAUAGCAGAAUCUUCUAAUUCUCAAUUCUCUAAACUUUCAAGAUCAUCAUCACAAUCUUCUGAUCAACCUUCACCAAAGCAACUCUUUGACCAUUCUGUUCAUCACGCCUUUGAACAAGUUCAUUCGGCUCUUGAGCUUGCUUCUAUUGUUACUGUCUCUCGCCGUACUAAUACGGCCGCCGGAGCCCAUUUGACGGGCGGCCCUGGUGGUGGAAUGGUUGAUUGCGUGGAGUUGCUUGAUGAUAGCCUAGACUUACUGUCUAAUACCAUCAACCGCAAGAAUAACCCUAAAUAUACAAAUAAUGAUGUCCAAACAUGGCUUAGUGCUGCACUUACUGAUCAACAAACAUGCAUCCAAAGCCUUCAAAAUGAUAAAUUAAGGAAUAAGUUGUCUGGUAAUAAAGGCCAAGAAAUGAUUCCGAUAGCCAGAAAUUUAAGCCAACAUAUAAGUAAUUCUUUAGCAUUAUAUAUGUCUCAUCAUUAUAAUAACGAAAAAAGGUCUGACAAUAAAGGUGGUGGCCGGAAAUUAUUGUUGGAGGAGAAAGACAAUAAAUUUCCGGCAUGGGUGUCGGAGGCGGAGAGGAGGCUUCUAGAAACUCCGGCGGAGGAGAUAAAAGCAGAUGCGGUGGUGGCAGUGGACGGGAGUGGAACUCAUACGAGCAUAGGGGAGGCGAUAGCUGAAGUGAUGAGUAAAUACUCUUUGGCAGGAGAGGGUGGUGGGGGCAGAAAUGUCAUUUACGUGAAAGCAGGGACUUAUCAUGAGAAUCUCAAGCUUUCCAAAAAGGAAACGAAUGUUAUGUUAAUGGGUGAUGGUAAGGGCAAAUCGGUCAUUGUUGGAAGUAGAAGUGCUGACGAGGGAUGGUCAACUUUCCAGACUGCCACAGUUUCUGUAAUGGGAGAUGGAUUCAUAGCGAAAGGCAUAACAUUUGUGAACAGCGCAGGUCCGAACAAGCACCAAGCUGUUGCUCUUCGAGUCGCAUCGGACAAAUCCGUAAUCUAUCAAUGCUCACUUCAGGCCAACCAAGACACUCUCUACACUCACUCCAAGCGCCAAUUCUAUCGAGACACCGACAUUUACGGAACAAUAGAUUUCAUAUUCGGUAACUCUGCUGUCGUUUUCCAGAACUGUAACAUCUUCGCGAAAAAACCGUCAGGGAUUGACAGAAACUAUGUGACGGCUCAAGGCAGAACGGACCCCAAUCAGAACACGGGAAUUACGAUACACAACUGUAAGAUAACAUCAGAAUCAGGUGGAAAGGGUACAUAUCUUGGAAGACCGUGGCAGAAAUUUGCCAGGGUCAUUGUAAUGCAAUCUUUCCUCGAUGGAUCUAUUAAUCCUGCAGGUUGGUAUCCUUGGUCCGGAAGUUUCGCCCUCAGUACACUCUUCUACGCGGAAUACAUGAAUUCCGGCCCUGGAUCUUCUGUUUCGGGUAGGGUGAAGUGGCCGGGAUAUAAGGGGAACCUCUCACCGGCGUCCGCUCAGACAUUUACAGUCAGUAAUUUCAUUGAUGGCAAUAUGUGGUUGCCUUCCACUGGGGUAUCUUUUGAUUCAGGACUCAUUGGUUAAAGGCAGUGUGUUAUUGUGUGGAGUGCCCUGAAUUUAGAACAUGAUUGUGUGUAUUAAUUGUUAAUGUUUGGCUGCUGUUUUCCUGCUUUUGAUUUUAAAUGCAUAUGGAACAAACGGAAAUAUGUAAAUAUAUCUCCAUGUGCAUGUCCAAGUGUAAUUGUAAUUUGUUCUGUAAGAUCUCAAUACCAAUUACAUAAGAAGUUUACUGUUCAUUUUCA